AUGCUGGCAUCUUUGGAGCAUUCCUUGCCGCACUUGGCAAAAGGUCGGGCAACGGCAGGAGGACUGGGAAAAGUCGUGGAUCUCAUUGCAAGGAAGCAUCCAUCCGACAUAUUGCUGGUUCAUCCGAUGCUGAAAGAAGAGGAUGGAAAACUGCAGUACGGGCAACCGCACGAAGAGCUAAUGCCUCUCCGACUCGUAAUCGGAGGUGAGCAUUGCAACGUCCGAGUGUAUAGGUUCGUACCGCCACAGGAUCCGGGCAUGACAGAUGUUCGAGUGGAAUUCCUCAUGUUAUCGCAUGAGAUUUUCCAAUCACGGACGCUAGAUGGCAUUUAUCCAAAUCCUCUGUCGCGACGAGCGGUCCUGAAAUUCUUUUCGCUGUGGAACCAAGCGGUGGGUGCUCUACUGGCUCGUCACAAGCCCCGCGUCUUUCAUUGCCCAGAUUUUCACACUGCUAUCGCACCCUGGUACGCGUUGCCGGAGCAUCCAGACUUACGAAUGCUGCUUGUGCUGCACAACGCGGAAUAUCAGGGAACUAUCAGCACAGACAUGAUCUUUGGGACCAGGCUCAGCACCAUAGCCUCACUGUUCAACUUGCCACCGCGAAUGGUGGAGGACCAUCUGGUUCUGGAUGGGCGGUUUAACAUGCUCAAAGCAGCUGUCGAUUUCGUGCGAGAGAAGCAGGGUGGUCGUGGUGUUUGCGCAGUCUCCCAGUGGUAUGCAGCUGAGUGUCACGCAAACUACGGCGUUCUGUGGCCAUUGCCGAGUAUACAAGGUUUGGACAAUCCAAUGCUCGAAGAAGAGCGAGCUGCUGUGAAAGGAGACAUCAAUCAAGCUAAAGCUGAAGCUAAGCAUCGCAUCCAAACGAGGUUUGGUCUUCAAGAAAACCCCAAUGCGCGCCUCUUCGUUUCAUUGGGCCGACUGGUGCGCCAGAAGGGCGUCGACCUCAUCGCGGAUGUUGCGGGAUGGCUUCUGUCAGAGCAUGUGGAUGCGCAGUUGAUCUUGGUGGGUCCCAUUGGAGAUGGGUUUGGCCACUAUGCUGCCAGCAAGCUGCAGCAGUUGGACGAGAACGGACAAUACCAGGGGCGACUGUAUGUGAAUAUCCAGUUCAUGCGAGAUCCUGAAGCUCUGAAGGACAUGAAACUCGGUGCGGACUUCUGCCUUAUGCCUUCACGCGAUGAGCCGUUCGGCUACGUGGACAUUGAGUUUGCCUGGCACGGAGCCUUGUUGGUUGGCGCUCAAGCUGGAGGAUUGGGGAAGGUGCCUGGCUUUUAUUUCCUGGCCCAGAACAGGGAAAAUUUGGGCCGACUGCGGAAGGAAUUGCGCACGGCAGUGUCUCAAGCAAUGCGAGCACCAAGAUCACAGCUUGAGAGUAUGGCCCAAGCGGCUGUCCGUUGCAGCUUUCCCUUGGAGCACUGGCAGCGGCGGUUGGCAGCGGCGUAUGGGGCCGUGACAGAAGGGGUGCCGAUGCUGCCGAGGGAGCAGUCUGCACAGAGUCUCGCAACUUUGGGCGACUGCCAGGACGACGCCUCGCAAGGAUUUCGAGAGGUGGCAGCUCCACCAGGUUCGACAAUUGAAUUUAACGAGAGUCCCGGACGACGUUCGGGAACGAGAACGUUCCGACCGUACGCUGAUGCAUCAGCUGCCGUACUUUUGACUCCGGUGCAGCCAGCGCAAUCAGGUGAUGCAGUCACUGCGGGCCCGUUUCGAGGUGCUGCCCCGGUGUCAGCCGUAGCUUCGGCUGUGGGCGAAGAGUACCACCACGUUAAUGCCAGCUUCGCACAGUGUGCGGCUGGACCAGAGUUCAUGACACAGGAAUUGGACGAAGACGAGCUCGCAGAGAGAGUGAAGCAAAAAGUUCGAGCCCACCACUGGGGCAUUGACGAGAUACUGGAAAGCGUUGGUGCGGACGUGGACUUUGAGCGUGAAGGCAGUCCAAUGGCACGAUGGUUACUUGGUCGUACCUGCGGUGUCCAGCGGGUCCACGUUCUGGUCGCACUGGGCUACGUGGCUUCACCUGUUGCCGAGUUCUUGACGUUCCUGACGGCCACCGAGUGGGGUCUGAGAGGUGGGGAAACCGUGCCACGAUUCGCCCAGCGGCUCUUCGGUGAAAAGAUAGACCCUCCUAUCUUGAACAUGUUGCUGUUUGCCAUCAACGCUCUCGCGUUCAGCGUGGCAGCGCCCUUCUGGGCUGUGCUGAGCCGCUAUUUCCAGCCCAGGCGGAUCAUGGCAGUUAGUCUGCUGCUUCAAGUGCCGCUUUUGCUGACCUUGUGGCCAAUGUACCCAAGCUUUGAGCUGGCUUGCCUACUGGUUUUCGCACACGGCUUGGUAACGGCGUCAUCGUUUUUGUUCCUCGUGUUCAACUUCAUGAUGUCGAUCAAGGCGGACAUGAGCAACUAUGCCAUACGUCUUGGCAUCCUGGAAAUGCUGCGCUAUGUUGUGAACUGGCUGUUGAGUGGUUACGUCUUCCUGGCAUCUCCGUCUUCGCUCCGUGGGACUAAGCAGCAGCCCCUUCCGACCGGGUUUGUGCUGCUCUUGCUGCCCAUAGCUUCGUUGAUGCUCUUGCUGACCCUCAUCCCAGGAGUCCUUCUGCUUUUUGCUCCGGGGCCAUACCGUGAGGAUCGAUUUCCGGGCUGGAACCUUGAGCUGCUCUUCAAAAGGAGGUCUUUCGUGCUUCUCUUCUUGAGCGAAUGUGCAGGAAACUUAGCACUGUUUCCCGGAACUUGUUACAUCAGUUGGUGGCUCUCGAAUGGCUGGAGUAGCAUCGAGCUCUCAGGCCUGAGUGUUCUUUUUGCCUUCCUCCUGGCCUUCGGGACUUUCCUGUGGGCAGCAGCUUUGAGCCGCGCUUCCAUCCACGGCUUGUCCUUCCUCGUUGGAGUGGCGGUCAUGUUGGCCCCGGCGACGAUGCUGAGAAGCGUAGUCCAAGACGAAGUUGCCACGAUCACCAGCCUGGGGCGCUCAGAGGCCGCACUGAUCAUCAGUGUCUUCAGCUUGUUCUUUGAGGGUGUUCGAUCUUCAGCUUUGUGGACAGCGAAAAUCCGCAUCUUGAACUCCAGAUGGCGUCUUCUAAGCUACGGCACGAUCCUUCAAAGCUGCAGCCACUUCUGUGCCUUCCUGUCGCCUUUUGUGUGUGAGUUUCUGGCCAGGCGGCAUGGCGUGACGUUCAUCACACGCAAUCAGAAGGAGCUGGCAGAUGCAAUGAUCCUGUCAGGUGUCCCUUUGGGCUUGGUGCAGUUCUUUCUGCAGGUCGUCAUCGCCCCAUUCAUCAAGAAGGACAUGGGCAUUUCUGUAGGAGCCGAACGGAGCUCGAGGAGCGUGCUGCGAAAAUUUCGGAAGGGCACCUCAGUGUUUGCAUUUACUACCUUCGCAGGUGCAGGCCUGGCCCUUGGUGUGCUCAUGGGCACCUUCCUGAAGAUACAGAUGCCCGUCAGCAGAAUUGCUAGAUGCGAGAUUCCUCACCCGACAAAUUGCACCGUGCUGGUGGAUGAGAUUGAUGCGCAGGAGGCUGUUUUCGGCCAGCAUUAUGGCCUCAAUCGCUUCCGCCAGAACACCACAGGCAUGUACAAUUGCUUGAGCCGCAUGAGAGCUGUUGGAGGAGACACGUUCAGGUUCUGGGAGUUCGGGAGAUGUGAGGUGCAACAUUGUGGAAGUACCUCGGCCCUGCAGGGCGACAAGCCGCCCACCACAGGUCAAGGACCCCUCGAUGCCUUUGACCUUUGGUCCCACUACUGUGAUAUGUCGCGACCGAAUCUGCUUGCUGUGCAUCUUUUCGAGUGGUCAUGGCAAGAUGUUGGGGACGAGUGCGAGAAUUACCUUGGACCAGCAGGCUUCAAUGCCGUCCAGGUCUCCCCACCCAGCGAGCACAUUCUGGGCGACUCAUGGGCAACUCGAUAUCAACCGGUGUCCUACAAGCUGGACUCUCGGAGUGGCAGCUCGGACGACUUCGCCAACAUGGUUCGCAGGUGUAGAGCCGCCAAUGUCAACGUCAUGGUUGACGUUGUACUGAAUCACAUGGCUGGACCUUUCGUCUUCUCGCCUGAAAAGGACAGGGGCAAGGCGUGUGGCCAAAGUGAGGACACCGAAAAAUCCUCUACAGCAAAGUGUUUGGGAUGGGCGGGCACCGAGUAUGGAAACCGGGAAUACCUGAACGGCCGCAAAGGGCUUGAUUGGUACGACAGGUCGAUGUUUCAUCAUUAUCCAGGCAAUGAACACUCCAACUGCGGACUGCCACCCUGGACAAACAACAAGCGUUUGUGCGACAUGUACGGCCUUCCCGACCUGAACACAGAAGAAAUUCAUGUUCAGGAACAACUGAGAGCAUAUCUGUUAGAGCUCUUGGAGACCGGGGUGACUAUGCUUCGUGUGGAUGCUGCAAUGAACAUAUACCCAGAGUCGCUUGCAGAGGUUGCUUUGGCUUUUCCGUGGGAGUACAUAGUCCAGGAAUACUAUCCCGAUAUGUUCCAAGACCGAGACAACAGAGACAAGGCAACAUCCAUCGGCUCAGCGACCGACUUUACAUUCGGGCAGCGUGUUGCCGAAUCGCUCUUUGAUGGAAAAGCCGGCGGUUGGUUCAACAGGUCCCGCCAACUAGGUGAGCUUCUCCGGUUGCAGCGUGAAGGCUUUCCAGACUGUCGCUAUCGAGUGUGCGAUUCGCCUGUUCCCACCGACCGGGCGCUCCUCUUUCUGGACAAUCAUGAUCAGCAGCGGGAGCGCUGGAAGCCUGAGGUACAAGGUCAGCCGCCGUCCUCUCCGGUUUGCUCUUGGGAUGGCCGGGAUAUUGGAAGCUGCAGACCUAUUUACAAGCACGGCCAAGUCUAUGCUUUGGCGCAGCUCUACAUGCUGGCCUGGCCUUACGGAGCGGACAAACGAUCUGCUGUUCGGCUCAUGUCCUCUUAUGGUUUCCACGAGUUCAAUCAGGGCCCACCUGGCGUAGGUCGAGACUCGCUGAAAGAUCCUGUUGCAUCUCCUGUUGUUUGCCGCGACACGCCCACAACGUCGCCGGUCACAGAUCUUUACGACAACGACACUGCAAAACCGUGGGUUUGUGAACACCGUUGGCGAGGAGUGUCUGGUCUUCUCCGCUUUCGCCAGUUCUCAAACAGUUCUGCGGAAGUUCAUAAUGCAUGGGACGACGGAGAUGGGCACAUUGGCUUCAGUCUGGGGCAAGUCGGAUUCGCGGCUUUCAGUCGCGGGUACAAUUGGUACACGAUGCAAGGCUCCAACGCCACCCUUUCUCUUGCAGGCAAGCUGACAGGCAUGCCUGCAGGAUGUUAUUGCAACCUUGCUGACGAGCUGGGUGCAGUGCCUGACCCUGGUUCCUGGCAGGGAAGGUGUGCAGGUUCCAGCGUACUCGUGAAAAACCUCACAAUUGUCGAUGCUCGGCUCGAAAGUGGAAGCGCUGUCGUGGUACAUGCUCUGUAUCCUGCUGCAGCUGGCCUUUGUACCGCAGGUGGCAUGAUAACGACGGAGCAGGUUCUGCUGGCCUAG